AUGGACAACUCCUCAACAUCAAGUUCGUCGUUUGUUCUCGAUGCUCCAGUAGUAACCGAUUGCAAGAAAAAUAAUGAGCAAGUGUUCUGCCAUUAUCAAUUGGUUGCAAGUGCAUUGACGGUCUUACGAAACCAGCUGGUGCAAGCUCAGUCGGAUUUGCUACGGUUGGAAGAGCUCAAAUCUGAAGCUGUUGCGGAUCCUUUGACGUAUGUCGACAAGGUCACUUCCAAGAGUGCGCAUGAACACUAUAAAGGCCUGCAAAAAGUGGUUGCUAUACCACAUGUCAAUCUGGAAAAGUACAUGGAGCCUCUAAAAAAGAGAGGGAGUGAUAUUGAUAUGGUGAUAUCGCCGCCAAAGAAACCUAGAAUAUACCGACCAACGGUUCCUGAAAUCAGUACAGUUUUUCCUGCUUACCAGCGUUCUCCUUCAGUAUCCACAUGUGGCAGUCCAGCAUUUGAACGAAGGAAUCCUUUAGACUCUCCAUUAGUAGAAGAACGUAGUAUACCUGCUUUGGCAAAACCAGCUGCUACCAAAGUUGCUCAGAGAAGGCCAAAGGGAACUCGUGGCCCUGGGAUUAGACCGUCUGGUCUCUACUACUCCAAUAGGUUUUCAGGAGCUUCAUAUUUAGGAACUCCAACAAUCCGAAUGGAAGAUGAGGAGCGAGCUGUCGCUCCAUUAUCUCCAUCGCCUUCUGUGUCAGAUAACGAAGCAGAAUCAGAGAUACCAGCUGAGUUUCGUGAUAGCGAAGAGUACAAGGAGCUACUCAAACUUAAACGACUCGCCAAACUUAAAAAGCAACAGCAAUCGCAACAGCAGCAGAUAUCUAAGCCAUCAGUAACGUCUAGUAGUGCAGCUGUAGAUACUCAGGCUCAGCAUCCGCCCACGCCUCCACCAGCAAAAACACAACCACAAGUUGUAGUAAAACAACAGAGAUAUACCACACUAACUGUGCAUCACGGAUACAAGUGUGAUAGUUGUGGAUCAGAACCUAUAGUAGGGGGUAGAUGGAAAUGUCUUCAAUGCGAUGAGCUGGAUUUAUGUGAUCCGUGUCAUUUGAAGGAUUAUCUGGGUCAUUCUUCAAGUCAUUCAAUGACGUUGAUUGAAACACCUGAAGUUAGCAGCGCGAUUGAAGGAGAAAACUAUUCCUAUCUUUGUCUGAAUUAA